CGAGGAAGAGGAGAAGGAGAAGAAGAAGAAGAAGAUGAAGAAGUACUUCCUGCGAUCAAAGGUUACCGUCACAUUUGAAAACAUGGAUCCCAAGAAAGUGGAUGAAGGCGAGAUGAGCGAUGAUGGAGACAUUGCAUCUGUCAUGGGAUUCUCUGGGUUUGGUAAGAAAGCCCGCACAUUUGACCUGAAUGCCAUUUUUGAACAGACCCGACGAACGGCCAUUGAAAGGAGUCAACGUGCAUUAGAUGAGCGGCAGAACAAGUGUCAGGUGGAUGGGGAAGGGGAGAGCUCCAAGUCAGUCAGCUCUGACAAAGCUGCAGCUGCUGCGUCCAGAAAACAGGAGAGUGACAGCAGCAGCGGCAGUGGUUCCGAUUCAGACUCAGACUCGGAGCUCAUUGGACCUCCAGUGCCUCGCCAACAUAAAGCCCAGGAGGACGAUGACGAUGAGCUUGUGGGACCGCCUCUUCCACCAGGUUACACAGGCAGCACGGCUCACAGUGAUGAUGAAGACGACGAUGACGAUGAUCAGGAGUCAGAAGACGAUGAUGAUGAUGACAAUCCAGUGAAGAAGAUUCCAGACACUCAUGAGAUCACUCUGCAGCACGGCACCAAGACGGUGUCGGCUCUUGGCUUAGAUCCGUCUGGAGCCCGUCUGGUGACCGGUGGAUAUGAUUAUGAUGUUCGUUUCUGGGAUUUUGCUGGGAUGGACCAGGCUCUGCAGGCCUUCAGGUCCCUGCAGCCUUGCGAGUGCCAUCAGAUCAAGUCACUGCAGUACAGUGUCACCGGUGAUGCCAUCCUGGUGAUUUCCGGUAAUGCGCAGGCCAAGGUGUUGGACCGCGAUGGUUUCAAUGUGAUGGAGUGUGUGAAGGGAGACCAGUACAUUGUGGAUAUGGCUAACACCAAGGGCCACACAGCUAUGCUGAAUAAUGGAUGCUGGCAUCCCAAGAUUAAAGAGGAGUUCAUGACCUGCUCCAAUGAUGGCACUGUGCGCACGUGGGACCUGAGCUCUGAGAAGAAGCACAAGGCUGUGUUCAAACCCCGUUCGUUCCAGGGCAAGAAGGUCACACCCACAUGCUGUACCUACAGCCGCGAUGGGAAGCUGGUCGCGGCAGGCUGCCAAGAUGGCACCAUCCAGAUCUGGGACAGAAACCUCAGCGUCCAUACAAAGUUCCACUGUCGGCAAGCACACACUCCAGGAUCAGACACCACCUGCCUCUCUUUUUCUUAUGAUGGUGUGACUCUCGCUUCACGUGGGGGUGAUGACACAUUGAAGAUGUGGGAUAUACGAAACUUCAAGAAGCCAGUGAAUGUAGCCACCGGAUUAACCAACAACUUUGCAAUGACUGACUGCUGUUUUAGCCCAGACGACAAGCUUCUUGUAACUGGCACGUCGGUGAAGAGAGAUGAGGGAAACGGGAAGCUGGUUUUCUUCGACAGAGCUUCGUUUGACAGAGUCUAUGAGAUUGAAGUCACCAAUGCAAGUGUCGUCCGCUGCCUGUGGCACCCAAAACUGAACCAGAUAAUGGUAGGAACUGGGAACGGACUGGCUAAGGUCUACUACGACCCUGUCAAAAGCCACAGAGGGGCUAAGCUGUGUGUGGUGAAGAGCAAGCACAAAGAGAAGCAUGCAGAGACGCUAACACAAGAUUACAUCAUCACACCUCACGCCCUUCCCAUGUUCAGAGAGGCCCGACAGCGGAGCACACGAAAACAGCUGGAGAAGGACAGACUCGACCCCAAGAAGUCCCACAAACCCGAGCCACCAGUAUCCGGACCAGGUCGGGGAGGCAGAGUCGCAGCUCACGGCGGAACGCUAUCGUCGUUCAUUGUGAAGAACAUUGCUCUGGACAAAUCGGACGACAGUAACGCGCGAGAGGCCAUCCUGCGUCACGCCAAGGACGCGUCAGAGAACCCUUACUGGGUUGCACCGGCGUACAAACAGACCCAGCCGGAUCCCGUGUUUGCAGAGGAAUCGGAGGAAGAUGAAGAAGCUGAAAAAGAACCAGAGUGGAAGAAACGCAAGAUCUGAGAGGCUUCACGGCAGUUGAUUCUCUGUAGGAUUGUUGACAGGGUGGGCCUGUGGUUGGGUUCAGUGCACCACUGCCUCUCAGGGUCAGUCCUGGAAAACAGAGCAUCAGUUAAAUUACUAAAUUGUUCAGUCCCCGUUCUCCCUCCUGGAAUUGUUUUCUGUGUUUAUGUUUGCUUCUGUGUUGAGGGGAAGCACAUACAUGUGCAGGCAUUUUAACUUGUCAGGCAUCAUAUCAUUUUAUACAUCACUUUUUUUCUCUCAUUGAAAUUCAUCAACCAUUGGUAGAAUUUGGAUUUUUAUUAUUUUCAUCAUCUCCAUUGUCCCCUCCUCACACGCCUCCAGAGUUGGCUGAUGCCUCAUAAAUCAGAUCCAUAUUUUGUGGCCUGGUUCUGUUAUAUCAACGGUGAAGUACAGUUUGUGAAAGAGAAAGUUACAUUUUAAAAAUUACAGAAAUUUCAGCCAGUUUUACAAUGGAAUAUUUUUUUAAAGCUUUACUGUAGUUGUAUGUGAUACACAGAGCUUCAUCCAGGUACCUGCAAAUAUAGUUUUCCGUAUUCUGCUCCACCUCAACAGAAUUUCUUGUGUUUCUUGUCAAACAGUGAUACGUUUUAUUCAAAAUGAAGGGCAAUCAGUUUUUACUUGCUGAUCAAAGAAAUUCUUCUGGCGAAAAUUAAACAUACAUUUUGUGAUUUUUUUUUUUGCGAAAACAACAAUAAUGAUGAUGAUCUGGAAUUUCUCUUUCUAUCCGAAUACCUUGAAUGACCUGUACAGUGUCCAUAAGUAUUUGAACUGAAGGAGAAUACCACAACAUGCAGAUCUAAUGAAA